AUGAGUGUGUCCAUCUCCAUCUCCGGAGAAGGCAAGGAAAGGAAGCACCAGAUCGUUGGAGCGCGAACGGUUGAGAGCUUGAAUCUACCAACGCAAAGCUUCAAUUUGGAGGAGGCAGUGAAACGUUUCGAAUACUUGAAGUACUUGCCUCUGCAGAGUUACCAGAAUGCUACGCUUAGGAUUCUGAUUGGACUGGACCAUCUGCCGUUGGCCCUGCCGUUGAAGAUCAGGGAAGGAGAUGGAUCCGGUCCCGUCGCAGCCAAAACCAGGCUUGGCUGGUGCGUUUACGGUCAGCAGCAACAGCAACAGAGCGCCUACAGUUUCCACAUAUGUGGAUGCACGCAUAAUGAAGAGCUCCACGAAACGUUGAAGCAGUUUUUCACUGUAGAAGAAGUCGGAACAGUCGGCCCUUCCCUUUCGACGUCGGAUCAGCGAGCCCAGCAGCUACUGGAGCAAACAACCAAGCGAGUCGGAGACCAUUUCGAGACCGGGCUGUUGUGGGACAACGACUACAUCGAGCUUCCAGACAGCUAUCCCAUGGCGUUGAGCCGGAUGAAGUGUUUGGAGCGUCGUAUGGAGCGAGAUCUGACUCUCAAGGAGAAGGUACACCAGAAGAUACGGGAGUACGUGUCCAAGGAUUACGCGCAUGUAGCGACGGACGAAGAACUGGAGACCGCCGACCCCAGGCGAGUCUGGUAUUUUCCGAUAGGGGUAGUUACGAAUCCACGGAAACCCGACAAGAUCCGCAUCAUCUGGGACGCAGCCGCGUUGGUAGAUGGAACAUCUUUAAACAGCCAUCUACUGAAGGGUCCGGAUCAUCUGACCGCGCUGCCUGCGAUCGCCUCCUGCAAGAGAUGUUUCAUCAGCUUCGGAUGGCGGCACGAGAUAAACAGUCGUUACGAUCCAACGCAGCCUCCCAUAAUCUACGUUAUGGACGUAGCCACGUUCGGAGCGACCUGCUCAUCGGCCUCGGCACAGUUCGUGAAGAACUUGAAUGCCAAGGAACAUGCCCAGCAAUACCCUCAGGCUGCGCAGCGGAUAGUCGACAACCACUACGUCGAUGACUAUCUCGACAGCUUCGGGGAUGAAAAGGAAGCGAAGAAGAUUGCAGCAGAGGUGCGGACCAUCCAUCUCCAGGGUGGCUUCGUCUUGAGGGAUUGGAACUCGAACAGCAAAGCAAUACUAGAGUCUCUGGGGGAACCUGGGACCAACGAAGGCGAGAACAUCAACCUGGUCGACAAGCAGCACACUGAGAGGGUUCUCGGAAUGCUAUGGAUGCCAGCGACUGACGAACUCUGCUUCUCGACACACAUGAGUGAGGAGGUACGCGCACUUAUCGAGAGCGGUACUCGUCCAACGAAACGAGAGGUGUUGCGCUGUGUGAUGACACUAUUCGACCCAUUGGGACUGCUAGCAACGUUCCAGAUUCACGGAAAAAUACUCAUCCAGGAGAUGUGGCGCACCGGAAUCAACUGGGACGAGCAAAUCCAGGUCACUGAGUUGAAUCGCUGGCGAGAGUGGGUACAGAUGAUCCAGUUUAUUUCAACAAUUCGCAUUCCGAGAUGCUACUUCGAAGGAGCGACGAAUUCCACCUACGAAAAUGCACAGCUACAUGCGUUCGUCGACGCAAGUCCAGCGGCGUAUUGCUGCGUUGUAUAUCUACGCGUGAUGAACUCCGAUGGUUCCGGAGUGUGUGUAUUGGUUGCAGCGAAGACGAAAAUGGCACCGUUAAAGCCCAUACCCAGGCUCGAACUGCAGGGUUGUGCACUCGGUGCGCGGAUGCUGAAGUUCGUCCAGGAAAACCAUACAAUUCCCAUCACGAAACGCUACUUGUGGACGGAUAACACUACUGCGCUUUCCUGGAUCCGGGCGGAUCCACACAACUAUCGACCGUUCGUUGCCCACAGAGUAGUUGAGAUUCUGGAGACUACCAGUGCGGAGGAGUGGAGAUACGUGCCUUCAGCAUCCAACCCGGCCGAUGAAGGGACCAAGUGGGGAAAAGGCCCAUAUUUCAGUACUGAUAGCCACUGGUUCUCGGGACCAGAAUUCCUGCAACACCCAGAAGACGCAUGGCCGAUUUCACCAGCGAUGCCCAGCAUCGAGACGGAGGAGAUACGAGCUUCUGUCCUGUUCCAUCUCGCGUACGAGCCCGUUAUCCAGUUCGAAAGGUUUUCCAAAUGGGAGAGAUUACAUCGCACCGUUGCCUACGUGCUGCGCUUUGUCAAGAAUAUCAGCAGAGAGCGUAGCAAAAUAUCCGGUGAUUUGCAACAGGAGGAGUUCCAGGCAGCGGAAGCGGUGAUCAUGCAGCAGGUGCAGUGGCAAUCGUUUCCGGAUGAGAUGGUGAUCCUCACGAUAAAUAAAUCGGUGGCGCGAGGUGAUAUGCAACCGAUUCCGAAAAGCAGCUCCCUGUACAAAAUUGUUCCAAGCCUGGACGAAAAUGGAGUCAUGCGGCAGACAGGACGUAUUGGGGCAGCCAAGCAAGCAUCCUACAAUCUGCGAUACCCGGUGAUCCUUCCCAAGAGAAGUGAGAUAACUUCGCUCGUGGUAGACCUGUUCCACCGGAAGUACAAACACGCGAACUCAGAGACCGUCGUCAACGAUAUUCGCCAGCAGUUUGAAAUUCCUAGUCUGCGAACACUAGUUCGAAGAUGCAGCCGUGAUUGUUGGUUCUGCAAACUUCGCCAAGCUCGACCGCACAUCCCUCCGAUGGGUCCACUACAUGCAAGUCGUCUCGAAGCCUUCAGCCGGCCGUUCAGCUUCAGUGGAUUGGACUAUUUCGGACCGGUGUUGGUGAAGCAAGGAAGAGCCAGCGUGAAGAGGUGGGUCGCCCUCUUCACCUGCCUCACGGUACGCGCGGUCCACCUUGAGGUCGUGAAUAGCCGACGACUUCAUCCUGCAUUUCCGCUGUCAGAAGGUUCAUCGGCCGUCGAGGGGCACCCGUUGAGAUGUUCAGCGACAACGGGACUAACUUCCACGGCGCCGAACGACUACUUCGUCAACAAAUCGCUACGGGGCUCUCCGAAACCUUCACCAGUUCGCAGUGCAAAUGGAGCUUCAUUCCGCCUGGAGCCCCACACAUGGGCGGCGCCUGGGAAAGGAUGGUUCAGUCAGUGA